AUGGAGCGGGCCGGCUUCGCGCUGCUGCUGCUCCUGCUGCUGCCUGCAGCCUCUCCCCGAGAAGAUCGGAUCAUUGGGGGCACCGAGUGCCCAAAGUUGGGGCACCCCUGGCUGGUUCUCCUCUACUACUUUGACCAACACUACUGCUCCGGCACCCUGCUGAACCAGGACUGGGUGCUCACUGCCGCCCACUGCAAGCUGAGUCACAUCCAGGUGCGCCUAGGGGAGCACAGCCGUGGAACUAGCUCGGGGAACGAGCAGUUCUCCGCCGCCCAGGAAAUCAUCCCCCACCCCGGAUUCCGCGCCCUCAGCGCCGGCAGCCGGGACUACGAGAAUGACAUCAUGCUGCUCCGCCUGUCACCCCCGGCCGUCUACACUGACUACGUGCAGCCCCUGGCACUGACUGACUGCUGCCCCCAAGAAGGGACCCACUGCACCGUGAUGGGAUGGGGCACCACCACCAGCCCCGCUGAGACGUACCCUGAUGUUCCCCAGUGCUUGGACGUCAAUAUUCUCUCCAAUACCAUCUGCCAGGAUGCGUACCCCGAGAAAGUGACUGAGAACAUGCUCUGCGCUGGGGUGCUGGAGGGGGGCAAAGACUCCUGCCAGGGUGACUCCGGCGGGCCCCUGGUCUGUAACAGGAAGCUGCAGGGCCUGGUUUCCUGGGGAGAUCACCCCUGCGCCCAGCCCAACAAGCCUGGGGUCUACACCAGCAUCUGCAAAUACCUAGCCUGGAUCCAGGAGACCAUCGGGGGGAAGUGA